AUGACAGAACAAAAGAAAAGACAGCAAAAUAUGUUUGCCACUGAGCAGACAAACCUAUCUACAGAGAUAGCAAAACAAAAACAAGAAGAAAGUGAAAGGGAACCCACACAUAACUCUGAAGGGAAGGGGGAAAGAGUGGAGCAAGAAAACACCCAGAAUGCACAAAGUGUAAAUGACCAGGAUGAGGAAGAAAUAAAUAUGGAUGAAGUACUUGAGAUACCAGAUGAGCAGACGACUAAUUCCAGUCUUAUAGCCGGAGUACUUGUAGUGGAUGAAAAGGGAGGAGAGGCAGACUUAGCAGAGACAUUUGAUAGUAUGGGUCUUAGUGAAGAUAUUCUUAAGGGGAUAUUCUCUCUUGGGUUUGAGAAACCUUCACCCAUUCAGAUGACUGCCAUUGUUCCUUUACUGAAGGGCCGGGACUUAAGAGCACAGGCACAGAGUGGUACAGGGAAGACAGCUGCCUUUGGAAUUGCUUCAUUACAGUCAGUUGACCAGAAGUUGAAAGAACUCCAAGUAAUUAUUAUGGAAACCACGAGAGAGUUGGCCAUUCAGACAUGUUCUGUCCUGCAGAAUCUUGGAUCAUCUACUAACAUAUGCAUUGAGGCCGUGUAUGGUGGUGUAAGAAUCACAGAAACCCUUGAGAAGGUAAAGAAAAGACCACAGAUUCUUGUAGGUACCCCAGGGAGACUGCUGCAUCUGAUUGAGAUGAAGCAGUUGAACUUAAACCAUGUGAAGUUGUUCAUUUUGGAUGAGGCAGAUGAAAUGCUUAAAAAGGGAUUCUUAGAGUCCAUUAACCUGCUGUACAAUAAAAUACCAAACAAGCAGAUACAGGUGGGCCUGUUCUCUGCCACAUGGAGUAAAGAGGAGCAGGAGAUCACUGCCCAGAUACUUAAUGAGCCUGUGAUUAUUUCGCUUAAGGAUGAAGACCAGACACUUAAAGGAAUCAAACAGUACUACGUCAAUGUAGGAGACAAGAGAGGUGCAACCGUUGACAUGUCUAAGUUUGAAGUACUCUGUGAUCUGUAUGAUAGAGGAUCAAUUUCCCAGUCAGUUAUAUUCUGUAAUAAGGUUGAAAGAGCCAUUAACAUCCAGAAGAAUAUGAUAGAGAGAGGAUUUGAAUGCGAAAUAUUCCACAGUGAACUCCCACAGGAUGUGCGUAAUGAUGUAAUGAAGAGAUUUGCAGAAGGAAAGUGCAGAACACUUGUUUCAUCCGGUCUGCUCGCAAGAGGUGUUGAUGUACAAACUCUUAGUGUGGUAAUAAACUUUGACGUCCCCCAUGAGAAAGAGAUAGAGAAUUACAUACAUAGAAUUGGUAGAGCAGGCAGAUACGGUAGAAAAGGAACAGCCAUAAACUUAGUCUCAUCAGAUGACAUGGAAAUGAUCAAGAGAUACGAGAAGCACUACAAUACAACAAUUGUUCCUCUUCCCGGUAACAUAGUUGAGUCUCUUUAAUAAAGAUUAAAUUUCA